AUGUUUUAUUGCUGUAUUGAAGCAAAUCCCUUCAGUGUUCAAUAAUGUUAGAAUUUGCGAAAGUAAUAGCUUAUUUUAUUAGUAUUUAGUUCUGAUAAAAAGAAAAAAAAUGUGAUAUAGAUAUUUUGUAAAUUUUUGUAUCAAAGUGACGACAUUCUUUCCUCACAUGUUCCACAAGCGCAGAUAUAUUGACCAUUAUUAGAUCGAAAUUGACCAACUUAGCGUCUCUUUACCGCCGAUUGAAAUAGAAAAGCAUGUAAUGAAAGACAGAGAAAAAAAUUAAAGAAGUAUUUUGAGAAAAACCAUUAAAAAUAUAUGAACCGUAUUUCGACCAUCAAGUGGUAGCGUCCGAAAACAUCGUGUUAUAUGCUUUCUGUAGUUCUUUCUCGCACAAAUAUCUUUCUCAUUAUGUUAUGUUCUUCUUGUUCUUUUGCUUUUAUUUAAGCGUACGUUCUUUUGCGCGAACAACUGAACAUUACAAUGGAUCGAAUUAAAAACCUGUUUCGUCGUUGAUGACAGUGUAUCUUUCAGCAAACUAUUGUGCUAUUGGUGCUGAUUUUAUGUUGAACAACUUUAACCAAGAAAACGAAAUUACAACUGACCAUUGAAUGGUCUGUGCUUACAAUCUUUUUAAUUUGAUUUUUUUUUUUCUGUAAUUUGGAUAGUUUCGUGAAUAAAACGUUACAGAGAAAUCCUGUGCGAAACAAAAGGUUAAAAGACUUGUUUAUAUAUUUAAUGUGACAGUGAAUUUUUGACGUAAUAAGGAUGUACAACUAAGAUGAACUAAUAAUUUUUUGUGGAUGUUUUAUUUUUGGCAUUGGUAAGUUGAAAAUGGAAUUGAACAAUAUGGGCUAUUCAUCACAUCACCAACGUGACCGAAAUGAGAGACGUUAUUCAGUACCACAAGGUCCAAAUGCGCCAAUAAUACCGGCUGCUUCAGAAGAUCUGCACGCCUGGUCAAUUUAUAGGCAAAAUUUGAAUUCAGACUUUACUGAUAGUGCCUUGGGCUCAUCGGAUAAAUCACCACUGCCAUAUGGAAACUUUCAGCUGAGAGAUACCACUGUUCAGUCAAUAUUAAAUCAUCCUAGGUAUGGGCCAAAAAGUCCCUUAAGUUCAAACAUGUAUACCUAUCUUAAGUUCGGUCUACCACGCGUUUUUCCACCAAAUAUGUCUUCACAACGUUCACAUCGAGCAGGACCUGGGCCGGGCUAUAAAGGCCACACAAACAAUGGUUAUCGAGAUAGUUCUGGUGCUAUUUCAUCUGGCUACGAUAGUAGUGAUAAUGAAACAACAACACAUCGUGGUCGCAAUCCGCCUAAUAAACAAAUUCGUAAGUUUCGAAGUGAGUCAGACUUUCGUGCAAUUGGAAUGGGCAAUUCGCGACCUAGUCCAUAUAUGCAUAGUGGAGCUAAUCCAUCCCUAUCCGCAUUGCGACAACAUAGUCGAGCGAGUAUAGCUGGAAUUCAUUUGCAUAAUCAAAUGAAUGGUGGAAAGCACUAUGGAUCGACAAACUAUCGUUCCCAUAGUGAGGCAGAUCUAUUGGGUGGCACAAGCGGACAUGAAACGAUUCAUGAUACGAUUGGUAGAGACUAUCAAAGACAUAUGCGACACUAUGUAUCCGAUGUUCCAUUAUCAAAUUUAUCACCAUCACGUCGUCAAUCUGCUGCAAUGGCACUUGUUUACCCCAAUAUACAGGUACAUUGUUUGGAUAUUGAACCGAAUUUGAGAGGAGUAUCUUUUCAAGCAAAAGCUGGUGACUUAUUUGCUGUAAUGGCAACAUCAAGUCAUGAAGGAACUCAACUUUUAGAAACUCUUGCCGGACUAAAGGAUAGAACAUCGGGCGAAAUUCUAAUAAACGGACAACGAAUUUCACAACAUGGAUUGAAAAAUCUAUGUAGUUACGUGCCAGCACCGGAAAAAUGUUCACUUGAUCCACGGAUGAGCGUAAAAAGUAUACUUAAUUUUUAUGCAACACUUCGCGGACCAAAUGCAACAAUUAAUUCUAAGCAACAGAUAAACGUUCUCAUUGAUGACUUGGGCUUAUCAAGUGUGAGGGCUUCAAAUAUAUCACGCUUAACACAAUCAGAAAAACAGCGUCUUUGCGUCGCCUGUCAAUUGCUUACAGAUGCAACUGUAUUGAUAUUAGAUCAGAUUACGACAAAUAUGGAUAUAUUUGAUACGUUCUUUCUAGUCGAAUAUCUGCGACAAUGGUGCAGCAACGGUAAAAUGGUUAUCAUGACUUUGCAACCACCAACAUUCGAAAUACUGUCCAUGUGCUCAGGUGUUCUUUUGAUGAGUGGGGGACGUACUGUGUAUAGCGGGAGUCGUUCAGAUCUACCACGUUAUAUGGGAAGUGUUGGUUUUCCAUGUCCACCCUUUAAAAAUCCAGCUGACUAUUACUUGGACUUAGUGACAUUAGAUGAUUUAUCUGCUGCUGCGAUGCUAGAAUCAUCAGCAAGAAUUGAAACAUUAGCCAAUGCAUGGGAUCAAAUGAAUUCCGAGCCACCUUUAGCUGCUCCACCAACUGCUUUGCCAUACUUUGUCCGCACUGCCGGUUUCUGUGGUCAAUUUUAUGCACUAUUCAAGCGUUUUAUCAUCUACAAACAGCCCGGAUCGAUAUUAUCAUGGAUUAGUAAGCUUAUUGUCGCAGCCAUUCUGUCGUUAUUAAUCGGCUGUAUUUAUUGGGAUGUUCCAUCAAGUGAUCCGCAAUUGAAAUAUAAUGAUCGUUUCGGCUAUCACCACAGCGUGAUGAUACUUGGUGUGUUUCCCUUAUUAUUCAUGACCAUAAAGGAUAUUCACACAGAUAGAAAAUAUGCCGAAAAAGAUAUUGCGUUAAAAUUUUAUGGUGGAACUGUUUACAUUAUAACACAGGUUCUUCUAAAUCUAUUGCCAUCUUUGUGUAUAUGGUUGGCAUAUCUCCUUCCUGCUCAUUCUAUGUCGGGCCUGUAUUCAAAUUCAGAUGAAAAUAACAUCUGGCAGUAUAUUGGUUACAUGCUACUUUUUUUAACUGUAUUACAAAUACUUGCACAUUUCUGUUCGCACCUCGUAAAUACGAAAAUGGCAUCUUCCAUCUUAUUGAUGUUAUUGAUUAUGGCGAUCACAACAGUCGGAGGUUAUAGUGUGCACAUCGGUGAGAUAGCCUCAUAUUUGUGGUGGUUUGAAAGUUUUUCACCACAAAGAUGGCUCUUGCCAAUUAUAAUAUAUAAUGAAUUCACUCAAGAAACAUUGGCAAAUACAGCUGGUCAACAAUUGUGUCGAAAUAAGCAUGUCCAACGACAAGAGAUCAUUGUACAACAUCCAUGUCCUAUACCGAAUGGCACGAAGGUUCUGGCCGAUCAUUGGUUACUUCGGGAAAAUCACAUUCUCGACUCAAAAGAUCCAGAAUCGUUUACAAUAAUUGCAUUGUCAAUAACGUGGUUUGUGAUAUUUGUUCUCACUUGCCUGGUGUUCAUUACUAACGUACGAAAACUGUUCCAAAAGAAAAGCAGCAAAGUGAAAAAUUCCUAAUUACAUCAAUUGUUGAAACGUAUACAAAAAAAAAAAACAAUAUUUGCAAUAAAACAAAGUGACAUAAACAUAUA